GGGGCAUACAAUGGGGUACCAGGCUGCCAGCGUGAUGGUGCUGUGGCUGGCACAGGCUCUCUUUGGUGUCGUUACUAUGGAUUCAGGUCGAACCCGUAACCAUGGUGACUAUGUCUGCAGUACUUGGGGGAAAUAUCACUUCAAGACAUUUGAUGGUGAUUAUUACGAAUUUCCUGGCAACUGCACCUACAACUUUGCUUCACACUGUGGGGGUUCCUAUAGCGAAUUCUCGGUUCAUAUCCAACGAUCAACUGUCAUAGACAAGAUCCUCAUCACUAUCAAAGAUAUCAACAUUGAACUGAGAACCAACAUAGCAGUUGUAGCUGGAUCCAUUGCUAUAACACCAUACUACAGAGAUGGGAUUGUCAUUACGAAAAGUGUUGCAUACUUUAAAGUGUAUACCAAGACGGGUUUUACUCUCAUGUGGAAUAAAGGAGAUGCCGUUUUGGUGGAGCUGGAUCCCAUUUACAAUAACUAUACCUGCGGACUGUGCGGUGAUUAUAAUGGCAUAAGUGAAUUCUCUGUGGAAGACAGGAAACUCAGUCCUAUACAAUUUGGAAAUCUACAAAACAUCCAUGAUCCUAAAGAAACAUGUACUGACCUAGAUGAGACUAAGGCAAUAAUAGAUACAUCCAGUUGUUCUGAAUAUCGCUCAGUGUGUGAAUACCACCUGAGAGAUGCUGCAUUUGCUGAGUGUGAAGGUUUUCUCGAUGUGGAAGUUUAUAUUAAUGCCUGUAUGCUGGACAUGUGCUCCUGCAGCCAAUCCCCGGAAUCUUCCUGCCUGUGUAGCACUAUCAGUGAAUUUUCCAGGCAGUGUUCCCAUGCUGGAGGUCACCCAGGAAACUGGAGGACUCUCAACUUCUGUCACAUUCAAUGUCCUAAUAAUAUGAUUUAUCAAGAGAGUUCCUCCCCCUGUAUGAAUACCUGCUCCCACCUUGACUCAAACCAAGUGUGUUUGGAGCACUACAUAGACGACUGCUUCUGUCCUGAGGGCACUGUGCAGGAUGACUACACAGAACAGGGCUGUGUCCCAGUUAGUGAAUGCCAUUGUAAAUAUCAAGAACGUCUGUAUCUCCCAGGAGAGAUUAUAACAAAUGACUGUAACAAAUGCCACUGCAUAUCCGGAAGAUGGAAAUGCACAGACCACACUUGUCCUGGACCUUGUUCCAUUGAAGGAGGAGCCCAUAUCACCACCUUUGAUGGGAAGUCCUAUACCUUCCAUGGUGACUGCCAUUAUGUGUUGUCCAAGGGAAUUAAAAAUAGCUCACAUGUUAUUUUAGGGGAGAUUACUCGUAUCAGUGACUUGGAGACCAGUCUCAAAUCCAUUAGCGUGCUUAUGGAUAACAUGAAAAAUGUAGUGACUUUCAAGACUGAUGGCACAGUUCUGCUUAAUGAUCAGAGGGUAACACCACCUCAGGUCACAGCCAGUUUUUCCAUUUCUCAACCCACCGAUUUCUACAUCAUUCUUAAUACUGUAUUUGGCCUUCAGAUGCAGAUUCAGCUGCAACCCAUGAUGCAGCUAUACAUCACCAUGGAUGAAUCUUCCAAGGGAAAACUACAAGGUCUUUGUGGAAACUUCAAUUAUAAGGAAAUAGAUGAUUUUCAAAUAUCAGGUGGUCUAGUUGAAGCCACAGCCUCAGCUUUUGCCAACACUUGGAAGGCCACCGCCAUGUGUUCUGAUGUGUCAGACCGGUUGGAUGAUCCGUGCAGCCAAAGCAUUGAGAACAAAAAAUAUGCAGACUAUUGGUGCUCUUUUCUGGAAGGUGACAAGUCUCCUUUUGCUAAAUGCCAUUCAACCAUAAACCCAGCUAGAUAUGCAAAGAGGUGUCGUUAUGACUCUUGUAGCUGUAAAGAGAGUGAGAAGUGUAUGUGCGCCGCACUCUCCUCCUAUGUCACGGCCUGCGCUGAAAAAGGGAUCAUCAUGUGGGGAUGGAGGAAGGGCAUUUGUGACAAGUACAUUUCUUGCCCGUCUAGCCAAAUCUAUCUAUAUAACCUGACCACAUGCCAGCCAACCUGCCGUUCUCUGGCAGAAGGUGAGAAACCCUGUGCCAGUGGGUUUACUGCAGUUGAUGGCUGUGGCUGUCCAGAUGGAGAGUUUCUGAAUGAGAAGGACCAGUGUGUACCCAUAUCUCAGUGCACAUGCUACACUGAUGGCUCAUACGUGAACCCACUGGAGUCCAUCAAUAAACUAAAUGAACUUUGCACUUGCCAUGAUGGGAAACUUGUUUGCAGUUCUUCUGUCACUAAAGUUUGUUCCGAAGGAAAAGUCUACUAUGACUGUAACAACCAAACAAACCCCCCCAACCAAAGGAGUUGCAAGACACUUGCCAUUAACAAUUUUCCAACAGCAUGUCUCUCAGGGUGUGUUUGCCCCAAUGGACUUCUAGAUGAUGGGGCUGGUGGAUGUGUUCCUGAGGAAGAUUGCCCAUGUAGCUACAAACAAGAUAUUCAUCCCAGUGGGACCAAGAUCAAUGAGGACUGUAAUACAUGCUUUUGUCGGAGUGGACAAUGGACUUGCACCAAAAAUGUGUGUUAUAGGACAUGUUCAAUUUAUGGAAGUGGUCAUUACAUCACCUUUGAUGAGAAAUUGUAUGACUUUGAUGGGAAUUGUGAGUUUGUAGCUGCCACGGAUUACUGUGGUCCCAACCAUUCCACUGGCACCUUCAGCAUUGUCACAGAAAAUGUCCCAUGUGGCACAACAGGAGUUACAUGUUCCAGAUCCAUCAAGGCCUUUCUAGGGGUGACAAAUGAGAAAUUGGUGGACAAAACUGCAAGCGAAGGUGCAAAAAGUGUGAGUUACCUGACCCGUGAGGUUGGUCUUUACCUGGUCAUACAGGCAAUGCAUGGUAUUCUUCUGAUUUGGGACAAAAAGACCACCAUAUUCAUCAAGAUUUCCCCUGAUCACAAGGGCAAAUUGUGUGGGUUGUGUGGAAACUUUGAUGACAAUUCACAAAAUGACUUUAUGGCCAAGAACAUGUUACCAGUCGUUAAUGUGCUGGAAUUUGGAAACAGCUGGAAGAGUGACUCUGCCUGUCCUGAUGCAACAGCGAUGAUCAACCCCUGCCUUAAGAACCCACAUCGCCAGGCCUGGGCUGAGAAGCAGUGUGGAUUAAUCAAAAGUGAUGUCUUCAAAAUCUGUCAGAGCAAGGUGGAUCCGCUUCCAUUCUACGAAGCUUGUGUGAGCGAUGCUUGUGCCUGUGACAGCGGUGGAGACUGUGAAUGUUUCUGCACAGCGGUAGCUGCCUAUGCUCAGGAAUGCACCAAAGCUGGAGCCUGUGUCUACUGGAGAACACCAGACAUAUGCCCCAUAUUUUGUGACUACUAUAACCCCAAAGAUAAAUGUGAGUGGCAUUAUCACCCUUGUGGCAACAACACCAUGAAGACCUGUCGUUCUAUUAACAACGUGUAUACAAAUGUCUCCAUUACCUACCUGGAAGGCUGCUACCCAACUUGCCCUCAAGACAAACCUAUUUAUGAUGAGAUCAAGAGGAUAUGCGUGCCGCCAGAGCUAUGUGGUUGUUUCAUUAAUAACACCCACUAUGAUAUUGAGGAACAAAUACCCAAUUACAAGAGAUGUCACAAUUGUUCUUGUACUGCAAAAGGGAAUGUUAAAUGUACCGUUAAAGAUGAUCCAGACUAUUUUGGAGAACUGGGAUCUGGAGAACUGGGAUCUGGAGAACUGGGAUCUGGAUAUCAGGGACAUGAACUCUGCAUUGUAAAAAAAUGUGUGAAUGGCAGUGAGAUAUCGAAGUAUAAGAUUUGUGAUACUUCUACACCCACUACUACAUCCGUUACCUCCACUACCUCCACUACCGUUACUACAACAACUGUGUCAACCACAACAGGCACCACCACCUCUCCAUGGACAUUGACAAGUCCAACUUCAACAACUUGUGUCUAUGAAAAUGUAUGCUGGUGGACUGAGUGGUUUGAUGUCAACAAGCCAAAAGAUGGGUUGGACAGUGGUGAUUAUGAAACAUAUGAAGAGAUAAAAAAGAACAACUAUAAUAUCUGCGACGUGCCUGAGCAGAUUGAUUGCAGAGCAGUUAAUGACCCUGAUAUCAGUUUGAAGGAUCUGAAGCAAAAUGUUCACUGCAACGUAUCUAAUGGUCUUAUCUGCAAGAACAGUGAGCAGGAUCCAAGUAACAGCCUAUGGCAGAAGUGCUUCAACUAUAAGAUCCGAGUGGAGUGCUGUGACUUUACAUGUUUCACUACUACCCCCCAUUCUACCACCACUACGACUACUACCCCAACAACCACUACUGAAACAACUCCAGUUACCACUACAACACCAAUCACUACUACCUCUCCUACUACCACCACUAUCACUACUACCCCAACAACCACUACUGAAACAACUCCAGUUACCACUACAACAUUCAUCACUACUACUCCUCCUACUACCACCACUACGACUACUACCCCAACAACCACUACUGAAACAACUCCAGUUACCACUACAACACCAAUCACUACUACCUCUCCUACUACCACCACUAUCACAUCUACCCCAACAACCACUACUGAAACAACUCCAGUUACCACUACAACACCCAUCACUACUACUGCUCCUACUACCACCACUAUGACUGCUACCCCAACAACCACUACUGAAACAACUCCAGUUACCACUACAACACCCAUCACUACUACCUCUCCUACCACCACUAUGACUGCUACCCCAACGACCACUACUGAAACAACUCCAGUUACCACUACAACGUUCAUCACUACUACCUCUCCUACCACCACUGUGACUGCUACCCCAACAACCACUACUGAAACAACUCCAGUUACCACUACAACAUCCAUCACUACAACAGUUCCGAUCUGUAAAAAGUGUGGGUGGUCACGCUGGUUUGAUGUCAGUUCCCCUGCAUUAGAACCAAAUGGAGGGGAUUUCGAGACCUAUGUUAACAUUCGAAAUGCUGGUUAUGAUGUUUGUGAAAAGCCAGAACAGAUUGCUUGCAGAUCAAUCCGAUCCCCAAAUUCAUCACUGGAAAGCAAUGGGCAGUAUGUGACCUGUAAUGUCUCCAGUGGUCUCAUUUGUCAAAAUAAUGACCAGACGGGAGACCUACAUCUCUGCUUUGAUUAUGAGAUCAGCGUCUACUGCUGUCAAGUAGAAGAUGACUGCAUAUCUACACCAGAGACUACGCCUAUUACAACAUCCCUGAGUGCCUCUCCUAGUCCUAGCACAACAUCUUCCUGUGCUCCUGUCUGCUUGUGGUCAUGGUGGUUUGAUGUGAGUUAUCCUAAUUCUAAUCCAGAUGGGGGGGAUUUUGAGACCUAUAAGGACAUCAGGAAAGCUGGAUAUCAAGUUUGUGAGCGACCACAAAACAUUUCCUGCAGAUCAACGGAGAGACCGGAUACACCACUGAAAGAGCUGGGACAGAACGUGACCUGUGAUGUCUCCUAUGGGCUUGUGUGUUACAAAAACCAUCCUGUUUUUCCAUGUUUAAACUUUGAAAUUCAAGUCUACUGUUGUCAGCAACCAGCAAAUUGUGUAGAGCCUACAAUUUCCACAACUCCAUUUACUUCAACAACACUUACAACUACUCCAUCAACCACCACAGUAAUGGAGACUACAACUAGCACAGAAUUGACAACUACUUCAGAAGUAACAACUUCCACAACUCCAUUUACUUCAACAAUACUUACAACUACGCCAUCAACCACCACAGCAACUGAGACUACAACUAGCACAGAAUUGACAACUACUUCAGAAAUAACAACUCCAUUUACUUCAACAACACUUACAACUACGCCAUUAACCACCACAGUGACUCAGACGACAACUCUGACUUCAUCUACAACAUCUUCCUGUGCUCCUGUCUGCUUGUGGUCACCAUGGUUUGAUGUGAGUUAUCCUAAUUCUAAUCCAGAUGGGGGGGAUUUUGAGACUUAUAAGGACAUCAGUAAAGCUGGAUAUCAAGUUUGUGAGCGACCACAAAACAUUUCCUGCAGAUCAACGGAGAGACCGGAUACACCACUGAAAGAUCUGGGACAGAACGUGACCUGUGAUGUCUCCUAUGGGCUUGUGUGUUACAAAAACCAUCCUGUUUUUCCAUGUUUAAACUUUGAAAUUCAAGUCUACUGUUGUCAGCAACCAGCAAAUUGUGUAGAGCCUCCAAUUUCCACAACUCCAUUUACUUCAACAACACUUACAACUACGCCAUCAACCACCACAGUAAUGGAGACUACAACUAGCACAGAAUUGACAACUACUUCAGAAUUAACAACUCCAUUUACUUCAACAACACUUACAACUACGCCAUCAACCACUACAGUAACUGAGACUACAACUAGCACAGAAUUGACAACUACUUCAGAAGUAACAACUUCCACAACUCCAUUUCCUUCAACAACACUUACAACUAUGCCAUCAACCACCACAGUAAUGGAGACUACAACUAGCACAGAAUUGACAACUACUUCAGAAGUAACAACUCCAUUUACUUCAACAACACUUACAACUACGUCAUUAACCACCACAGUACCGGAGACUACAACUAGCACAGAAUUGACAACUACUUCAGAAGUAACAACUCCAUUUACUUCAACAAUACUUACAACUACUCCAUCAACCACCACAGUAACUGAGACUACAACUAGCACAGAAUUGACAACUACUUCAGAAGUAACAACUCCAUUUACUUCAACAACACUUACAACUAUGCCAUCAACCACUACAGUAACUGAGACUACAACUAGCACAGAAUUGACAACUACUUCAGAAGUAACAACUCCAUUUACUUCAACAACACUUACAACUAUGCCAUCAACCACUACAGUAACUGAGACUACAACUAGCACAGAAUUGACAACUACUUCAGAAGUAACAACUCCAUUUACUUCAACAACACUUACAACUACGCCAUUAACCACCACAGUACCGGAGACUACAACUAGCACAGAAUUGACAACUACUUCAGAAGUAACAACUCCAUUUACUUCAACAACACUUACAACUAUGCCAUCAACCACUACAGUAACUGAGACUACAACUAGCACAGAAUUGACAACUACUUCAGAAGUAACAACUCCAUUUACUUCAACAACACUUACAACUACGCCAUCAACCACCACAGUAACUGAGACUACAACUAGCACAGAAUUGACAACUACUUCAGAAGUAACAACUCCAUUUACUUCAACAACACUUACAACUACGCCAUUAACCACCACAGUACCGGAGACUACAACUAGCACAGAAUUGACAACUACUUCAGAAGUAACAACUCCAUUUACGACAACAAUACUUACAACUACGCCAUCAACCACCACAGUAACCCAGACAACAACUCUGACUUCAUCUACAGCAAUGGAGCAUGUUGUAAUUAUCACACCAACAACGACAACCCGAUCACCAGGACACCAGAAAGUACCUACUACCACUUCAACUACCAUAACUUCUGUAAAUACUACUACACCAGAGAGCAUAACUACUUCUGCUACACCUUGUGUGUGUGUUUACAAUGGAGUAACUUAUCCAAAAGGUGAAAUUAAAAGUGGAGCAGUUGGGGAAUUAUGCUAUAAAAUAGUUUGCAGUGAAACAUGUACCACAGAGUCGCAGAGCUGGGUUUGUGAAACAGCAACUCCAACAUCUACUACAAGUACACCAGCAAGCUCAACUACCACUACCACCUCACAGAGCACAACUGCUCCAAAAUUCACAUCACCAGAAACAAACAGUACUAUAAAACAAUCAACACAUAUCACUGUUACAAGUUCUACAGUCCUCACACCUCCACCUGAUUGUUUGCUUGUGCCCCCUCGUAAGUAUAAUGAAACCUGGAAAAUAGACAACUGCACUGUGGGUACAUGUUUAGGAGGCACCUCAGUUAGUAUUACAAGCAUUACGUGUAAACCUCAACCUCCAAUUACAUGUGUUAAUGGCUUCCCACCAAUAGCUGUAACCGAUGAUGACCAAUGCUGCCAGCACUGGGAGUGUCAAUGUCCUUGCUUUGGUUGGGGUGACCCCCAUUUUUAUACAUUUGAUGGGACUUCCUAUGACUUUCAAGGCACCUGCACUUAUACUCUAGUGGAACAAAUUAUAAAGAAGAUUAGUAUCUUUGGUGUAUACAUUGAUAAUUUUGACUGUGGAUCUAAAGACCGAGUAUCAUGUCCACGUGACAUCAUUGUGAAAUAUGAAAAUCAGACAAUACGCCUUAAAAAAACAUUCCAACCAGAACAAAGCGUACAGGUUACUAUAAAUGACGCAGUUGUAGGAAUCCCUUAUGCAAAUAAUGGAGUGAAAGUGUAUGCAUCAGGAAUCAAUUAUGUAGUGGAGAUUCCAAGUAUACAAUCUUUCAUCAAACACGAUGGCUUUAAAUUUGAAAUCCACCUGCCAUAUCAUCUUUUUGGAAACAAUACACAGGGACACUGUGGCACUUGCACCAACAACAGAUCAGAUGACUGCUUGACAAAAAGUGGUAACUAUGUAUCAAAGUGUGAAGAUAUGGCAUCUACAUGGCUUUUUAAUGAUACAAAGAAACCUAAUUGUGUCCCUGCAACAACAACAACGACAGUCCCCCCCAAUGUUACACACAGCACUACAACUACAACUUGUUCACCAUCGACAACCUGCCAAAUCAUCAAUGAUGAAAUCUUCCGGGAAUGCCAUAAAGUUUAUCCACCAGAAUUAUACUACAAGUCCUGUAUUUUUGACAGUUGUCAUGCAUCCAACAUGGAAUGUUCCAGCUUAGAGCAAUAUGCUCAGCUCUGUGCAGGACAGGGAAUCUGCAUUCCAUGGAGAGAUAAAGCUUCAACAUGUAAAUUUACUUGCCCUUCAGACAAAGUCUAUAAUGGAUGUGGCCCAGUUAAUCAAAGAACAUGCCAAACUACGCCAGAACAAUAUGCAGCAAUGCAGAAUAAUAGUCGUUUCAUUGAAGGAUGUUUUUGUCCAAAGGGUACAAUGCGCCACAGUGAAGCUGUAGAUAUUUGUGUACCUAGCUGUGGAUGUGUUGGACCAGACAAUGUGCCACGACAGUUUGGAGAAAAGUUCCAGUUAGGUUGCCUGGACUGUGUCUGCAGGGAAGGUGGCAGCGGUCUCUAUUGCGAUAAACAUGAGUGUCCCGUGACUAAUGCCAUAUGUGAGCAGGCAGGUUUCAUUCCUGUGACCCGGAUCAACUCUAAUGACCCUUGUUGUAAUGAAACGGUUUGCAUAUGUGACCCUAAUCAAUGUCCAAUGAAGCCUUCCUGUAGAAUUGGCUAUGAAGCUGUUGGUGUCAUUGCAAAUGGAAGCUGUUGUACAUCGUAUAACUGUGUUCAGAAGAAAGUCUGUGUACACGAAAAUGCAGAAUAUAUGCCUGGUGCUAAAGUGUUCCUUGACAAGUGCAAGAAUUGUGUGUGCUCAAACUCUAGAAAAGGUUCUGGCGCAGAGAUAGAGUGCACAGAUGUCCCUUGCAACAAACAGUGUCCACAGGGCUAUGAAUUGGUGAACAGCACAAGUGAUUGUUGUGGUGAUUGCAAACAGACUCAUUGUGUCAUCAAUGACAAAGCUGGAUUAAUUUUGCUACAGCCUGGAGCGUCGAGGAAGUCAGAGUAUGAUUCUUGUACAGUGUAUGAAUGUACUGUGAUCAAAGGUCAGUUCAGCAGAUCAGUCUCACAAACCCCGUGCCCAUACUUCAAUGAAGAUAACUGCAUACCUGGAACCAUUGAACUUUCACCUAAUGGCUGUUGUAAGAAAUGUAUUGAAACCAGCCCGUCCUGCAAGUUGCAUCAAAAAUUGGAAUACCUAUCUCACAAUAACUGUCAAUCAGAAGAUAUGGUGAAUAUAACUUAUUGUGAAGGACCUUGCAAUACCCUUUCCAUAUACUCGGCGGCUGCCAGUAAAAUGUCCCACAAUUGCACCUGUUGCCAGGAGGUGAAGACCAGAGAAAGAAUAGUGCCGAUGAAAUGCAGCCAUGGACGUCAAGAAGAACUCGUUUAUGUUAUGGUGGAGGAGUGUAACUGUGUCAGCACUGACUGUGAAUCGUCGCAGUCACAGAAGGCAUUUACAACUGCCCGAGCUCGGCCCACCACUAGGGGCAGGAAACGAGGCAGUUCAGAGGAAGCCAUAAACUAAGUACAUGGCUAUUUCUAUAAAGUAUAUGUAAACUCCUGUUCAUUAUUUUAAAGUCUGUUUUAAAAUUAAAAUAAUUAUAGC